CGCGAUUCUGGUGAGAGUGCAUGUCGCACAGGUUCGUGACGGUGAUGCCGCCCGUAGAGAUCAGAUGCUGCUUGCUCCCUACAACACUAACGCGAAUCCUGCGGAGAAGAUCAGGUAAUUGCGUACCACAUGAGUAGUCGGCGCCGACAAAGCGCUGCGGUCUCGCUAACCGCCUCGCAAUCACGGACGCGGCAACGCCAGUCGUCCAUUCCCAACCCGUUCACUCCAUCCACAUGCACAUCUCCCCUUCGCAUCCACGAGCCAUCUUCGUCGCUCAGCCUCACAGGUCUCGAGAAAGCACAGCUACUUGAGUUGGCACACGCCGCAGCUUCCGAACUUCUAUCCUAUGUGCAGCUUCUGCAGUCACAGCCCGCACCCGCCACCUCCAAGCAAAUUGAAUCCACCGACGAGAGGUACAUUUGCCAAUCCAAGACCGCGAUCCUCACGGGGUACUCGUCCAUCCAUGACUACAAACGACACAUGCACCCGUACGCCUUUAACGCGUUCCACACGACGUCCACGCUGUGCGCCAUCCACUCUGGCCAGGACGACAAGUCCGUCGUGACCGUGAAAUGGAGUGCGGCAUCGAGUGGCCCUUUGGCCCACGACCGUGACUUUUGCUAUGUGGAGAUCCAACAGCCUUUUGUGGCGCGAAACGGCCGGCGAGGGUACGUGCGAUGCGUGCAUUCGAUUCCGUUGUUUGUAGCGUCGUCGAAACACCAGCAUGUUCGGGCGAUAUUGCGGCAUUCCGGCACUGUCGUAAUGGAGGGAUCGAAAGAGAACAGACGGCUCCUGCAGAGAACAAUAGUCUUGAAUGUCGACCACCGAGGAAAAAUGCCCAAAUGGGUAGCAGCGAUCAUGGUGCGACGUCUCCUGGCGAGAGCCGAGUCCCGCCCCCAUGAUGUGGCCAACGACUUGCAACACCACCACACGAUGGACACCCCAUGGCAAGAAGACGACGACACAAUGCGAUUGCAGUCGAUGCGGCGGCGAAAGUCGUCGUCGAUCAAUGCAUGGACGUCUUUGAAGGACAUGGUCAAGCUAUGCAAAGUAUGCACGACCAAGUUGAGGUGGUACCAUCCCACCGUGAAGUGCAAGGUCUGCCGCAUGGUACGGAUGGCGCGACUCUUCUGCCGUUGUGGACGCUCGUUUAUGACGUUCAUGCAUCGUAGGCGGUGUGCAAACCAUGCACAACGCACUGCGAGGUCCUGCUCAAGGCGUCGCACCGAGUGUGUUUACGCUGCAACGCCCACCUUGCGUCCCUGCUAGCGAAGUCCGAGGAGGAGCUCCUACCUGUGGAAGUGUACCCUGAGGACACUUGCACCUUUCUGGACGAAUGGGAUGAGUCCAUGUCGUGAUGUCGUCCAUGUCCAACGUUUGCCCGCGAUGCAAAUUGACCAACGCGUUCCCUCCAUUUUCGGAUCUUAUUGGAGUACUGUGAACAAAUAAAAUAUUUUCGUUU